GCAAAUACAAGAAGCGUUGUCAGGGAAGGAGUCUAUACGGAGUUUUCCCAGAGCUUUGCCGGACUUUUACGGUGUCCACCGGUGUCUACCGGGGCUGUGUGUCCGUUCUCAGUGAUGGAGACGCUGUUCAACAGGUUACUGGAGGUUGUUGUGCGGUGUAGAGACUGUGAGGACAGGAAAGCGAAUGUCCGUGUGUCCAUCCAGCUGCAGCUGACAGGCUCGAACCCGAACCCACACCGGAGAGACCUGGUGUUGAAGCUGACGGAUGAUAAAGACCCGUACUUCCUGUUCAGCCUGUCGGUGUCGGAGGAAGACUUCCAGAGUCUGAAGGUGCAGCAGGGCUUGCUGGUGGACUUCUCCGCGUUUCCACAGAAGUUCAUCGACCUGCUGGAGCUCUGCUCCUCCGAGCAGUGUUCGGACGCCCCGCGGUUCGUCCUGCACCUGACCUGUCAGUCACCGGAGGGCCCCGCCCACUUCAGCGUGGUGGAGACCAACGCCUUCAAGCACCUGAACCACCUGUCGCUGCGACUGGCUCCGGGCUCGGACCGGGACGUCCGGGACCACCUGGCUGCCUGCCUGUCCGCCGUCAAAGCGGAGAAGCAGGCGCUUGAUGUGAAGCUGAAGAAGACGGAGGAGGACCUGAGUCGACAGCUCAGCUACGCUCAGCAGACUCUGUGUGAGCGGAGUAAAGAGUUGGAGAAGCUGCGCUCAGACUGGACCCAUCAGACCAGCUCGCUGUCGAGUCGCCAUGCCGAGGAGCUUCAGUCGGAGAGAGAGAAGAGCGCCGAGCUGCAGCAGCAGGCCGAGCGGCUGCGUGAGGAGCUGCAGAGCCGCCUGGCCCAGCUGGAGGAGUCCUGCAGAGAUCUGACCCGGGACAAGUACCAGCAGGAGGCGGCCCUCCGAGACCUGCAGACCAAACUGCAGCACGCUGACCAGGAGAGCCAGCGCUGGAAGCAGCAGUGCCAGGCCGCGCGGAGGGAGAACGGCCAGCUGGACUCGGAGCUGCAGCAGCAGCAGAGUCUGGUGGUCCGGCUGCAGACCCGGGUGGCCGUCCUGGAGCAGGAGAGCCGAGACCAGCAGCAGCUGAUGAAACGCACUCACGACGUGCUGGAGGCCACGCAGCAGCAGAAGGAGUCCAUGAAGGAAAACGUCGACAGCAAAGCUGCUCAGACGAGGAAACUGGAAGCAACGGUGAAGUCGCUGUCAGAAGAACUGCUCAAGGCUAACGGGAUCAUCCAGAAGCUGCAGGCCGAGGUUCGAGCUCUGCUCGGAAAGGUGAAACUGAAGAACACUGUGACGGUGUCGCAGGAGAAACGGCUCCAGGACACGUCGCAGAAGCUGCAAAGAGCCGAGCAGCAGCUGCACGACCUGGAACAGCAGCUAGCGGACCGAGACCUGCAGGUGGAGAAGCUGAAGGAGCAGCUGGACGGCACCGUGCAGAAACUCAACGAGAGCCGAGACGUGCUGAAGACCAACGAGAACGUGAUCAGCUGGCUGAACAAGCAGCUGAAUGAGAAGCAGCUGCAGAAGUCGUACCUCCCUGCAGACGGACCCAGACUCCCGCUCACUGCUGCUCCCCUCCAGGAUCACUUCCUCCCUCCGACAGGAGCACCAGCUGCACACCACCCAGCUCCAGCUCCACCUCCGCCUCCAGCAGCCAUUCACAGCAGAGACUCUGGAGGUCUGGAUCCAAAGUACUUUGAAAGGAGGGACGAUAGCAUUCCUGUCUACGGUCUCUCGUCUAAUCUGCUUCACAAAGAGUUGCCACAGCGGGCCAAGUCAUCGGCUUACUUCUCAGCAUGAAUCCAGGCAUCUCCGGGCUCGUCUGAAAGUUAAAUGUAUUCCAGGGUGUGUUUUUAUUGUUGUGGUGUAGCUAAUUUUUA